GUGCGGGCGAAUUAAUGUCGCUGAGAGGAAACUAUCAGUGAGAUAUCCUGAAAUAGGAUUGUGUAUUAAAAGUUAUAACAAUUGUUCGUGUUGGCAGUAAUAGUUAUACCGCGGAUCUAUUUGAGUGUUGACCAGAAUAAUAGUUUCUCCGUCAGGCAAGGAAAUGAUGUUCCGCUGGAACGGUUCUAAACUCAUAACAUUCUGAUGUUUUAUUGCAGACUAUUUUGAAAGUUUAAAAAAUGGAUAUGAUCGGAUCAAAUAUAACGAUGAAUGUUUCAAAUGAAACAACGAUGGGCGCGGUAGGACCGUCCCGGGCCGCAAUGUAUAUCGGUGCAUCAAUAAUGCUUAUUGCACUAAUUCUUGGACUUUUUGGAAACUUUCUUGUCAUGAUUGUGAUUAUUAGGCGAAAAGAUAUUGCCAAUAUUAUUCACCUUUUUGUUGUGAGCUUGUGCAUCAAUGACAUCAUAAACCUAGGAAUAAAUAACACCAUGGUAACAAGCUCGUACCUGAUAGGAAAAUGGCCAACCGGCCUCUUGGGAUGUGAGCUGUCCACUCAUUUCACCGUUAUCCUGAUGGGAUCGUCUUUGUGGCACACUGCUUUGAUAGCGAUACAUCGCCUGGUUGUUGUGGUAUUCAACAAUUUUUACAAGAAAAUUUCAAAGAAAGGUUAUACAAUUUUCUUGCUGGUGUUUUGUCGAGUGGUACCUCUGCUUUUCUUAUGCCAACCAUCGCUAGGACACAUGGCAUAUUAUGAGCCGAAACUGAUUAGGUGCAUAGUGAAGAAAAAUUAUGGUCCUUUCACACUUCUCGUUAGCAUUUUUCUAAUGAUGAUUCCGUCGUUCAUUUUAAUAGUUUGCUAUAUAGCAAUAUUUAUAAAGGUUCAUCAGUCAUCACAAGCAUUUCGGGCUAAUAGACAAAAGGAAUGGCUAAAACGAGAGAUUCAAAUUACAAAGAUGUUUGGAAUAGUAUUUCUGCUCAUCAUGAUCGGAUAUAUACCUUACGGAAUCGUCCGCGCUAUUGACAAAACUCUGUCAUAUGACGCCAAUUUUUACGUGGCAAUCACCGUCUUUUUUGCUGUCGCCAACUGCUUUAAUCCAGUAGUUUACGGUGUAAUGGACCGUCAAAUACGGAAAGCCUGUUUUGAAGCAUUAAAUAUACGAAGACGUAAUGAGGGCGAGGACUCUCCGGAAUUCCAGAACAAAGAAACAAUGACCAACCACACGAGAAUGUCUAUAGACAUGGAGGAUUCCCCUGCAAUACCUUUGAAAAGCAAGAUGAAAGAGAACGACGAAUAGAGGGGACUGUUAUGUUUUCUGUUUCAAGUUGCGGUUGUAUCAUGUUCCAUUAACAUGAAUCAUAACUAUAUGUAAGGGAAAUGUAAAUAGCCAACCUCUGUUGUACUUCAAGUGUAAGUUUCCGAUGAAUGUGUUGUUUUAUAUAGUGUGUGUUUAAUAUUUUCUUCAUUCAACAGAUACUUAAACAUACAGGAAUUGUCUAAAUAUUUGUUUUAUUAUAAAUCAUGAGUUAUCAUUAUCUUGGUGAUAAUCAAUUAAAUAUAUCAUUUUUUUGAAUAAUCAAUUUAAACCAAAAUACGUCUAAGAAUUUAACCAAAAAGCUGUUUCGCUGUUUUCCAAAUAAUACGUGUUUUAAUUAAGUGGUUGAAUUUUAUUUAUGCCAUUAUACUUGUCAUUCUCUACAUACUAAAUAGUAAAUAUGCCUGUUUAGUUUUGAGUAAUGUACAUGAUUUCAAUUAUGUAUGAAAUGUUGUAUUGUUCUAAUGUUGUUACGGAUUUAAAGUAACCAUUAAUUUUUGCUUAAGCAACCUGUCUGCAUCACAAAAACAGAUAUAAUAUACUCGAUACCACAACUAACUGUUACAAAGAGAUUGGAUGAUUGGAUAUAUACGAGACGUAUAAAUCAGUAAAAUCUGGAAUAAGAAAUAUAAUUUCCUGAACAAUUCAAGCUAACAUUUAUCAUCCUGUAAAAUUGAAAUUUAAGUUAACCACAAUUUAUCUCAGACGAAAAUGAGGGUGUUAAUUACUUUGAAAAGCUGAAUAGUCGAUACGAUACAGGAAAGCAUUAUUACCGGGAAAUGCGUUGAGUUUUAUAAUUGCUUUUAUAGUUUCAUAGUUUGUAGUUGCCUAAAGAACUCUAUUCUGAGGUAGUAUAUCCUUAGAAAUAUUAAUAUUUACCUAAUUUAAGACACAAAAUGGUUUGAAGAGUUUGCGUGUUCCCGGUGAUUCAUUCCAUGCUGUAAGUAACAACCAAUAUUUCAUUAUGCAGCCCAAAACAAUAAAUUGUAUCAAUUAUCGGCGAGACGUUCAUAUGAAACAACGUAAAAAAUAUUUGAAUAAUAUGUAUUUUUAUUCAAGUAGCCAGUCAGUCAAAACCUUGAAAAUUUUAGUUACCGUGUAAAUUUUUUGUAUAAAGAAUUAUAACAAUAUAAUAUAAUUAUAGCUAGUGAUACGUAACAAUACUCAUUAUAACGGCAUACCUUUUUCAAAAUGAUGUUAGCCUUUGAAAUGAAGUCACUCGCAACAAACCUAAUCUUCGGGGAUUCGAAUUCUUACUCGCUGACUCAUUUGCAUCAUUAUGAAAAACAAAUCAUAUGGCAACUAUCUAUGAAAACUACAGAAUGUGUUAUACUAUGGAGGGUUGAUAAAUUAACGUAUAUGGCUUAAAUUUCCAUAUCAUCAGAGUGCGCUAUUAGAAUAAUUGUCCUGGGCAUUAAUGCAAUCUUAAGAAUCCCGGUCUAAACAGCAAUUCACAUGAAGCGCGCUAUCAUUGAAUAGUGUCAACAAAAACUGCGUUAUUAACGUUAAGAUGUAUACUCUUAAUUUCUUAAUAUUCUUACAAAGUAAUAUCUGAAACAACAAUAAAAAGCAUACGUGGUCGGUUCCUAUGCGUAAAAUAUCAAUCGAUCUGGCACGUGUGUCGAUUGUACGAUGGCAAAACGAGGCCGUCAAAUAUCAGAAGACAAAUACGAAAGUCUGUUAUCACUAUAAUUUGAAGAGUUUAACUUAAAACUUUCUUUUAUUAUUAGAGAAAAUGUUUUUAAGACUAAGGAACUUCAUUCCAACAGUUUUAGAAAUACUACAAAAUUAGAUAGAACACGGUAUUUGUCCUUCAGACUUUGAAUAUCGAAUGCGUUUUAAGCACACAACACAAAAAGUCGCAAACGGUUUGGUUUGACGACGUGUAUUUGAAGGUAAUAAAAGGGUUCAAAUUAGAAACUGGGGAAAUUAUUCGAGUCAUACCAUUGCGAUAUAAUCGUACUCAUCUGAAAAGACAGUUAAUGAACACCGAAAUAUCGCAUUAUUACGCGUGUGAAUGUCUGCCAAAACGUUAAUAUUGUUUUUACUGUUUCGGUGGUAAUGAAAUGUUUUUUUCCACGAAGCCCAAUAGAACAGCUAUGUGCAGAAUUACUUCAUUGCGUUGCAAUUGUUUCAGGCCUGUAUUUUGUUUGUCCACGAACGCUGGAGGCAAUAUUUUGCAAUUAAAACACUUUUUGCAGUAUAAAGGAUCGACUUUCGCUGAGACGAAACAUUGAAACAAUGUAAUUGAACACUUAGACAGCAGUUUUAGAAGACGGCAUUUCUAAUUUAAAAACCUCGACAUUUUCACAUGGCAUUCAAUCGUGGUUUUCUUAUGAGAAUGCUCACCAAAAUUAAUAUCAGCGAGCAGAUAUGUAAAAGUGUUUACUUAAUUGUUUCAUUUAAUACAUUGUAUAUUAAAUGUAAAACAUCAACCUUGAAUUUGAUUAAUGGUCAUAUUUACGAACUGAAUGUGGAAAGAAAGAGAGUUUCAAAAGUAAAAACCUUUUACCAUAUUUCGAUUGAAGCAUAAUUAGCUGUCCAAUUAGUACGUACAAUGAUUCUGAUAUUUGAAAACCUCAGGACAACCCAGAAGUCAAAAGAAAAUGUACGAUUCAGUGGCGAACUAAUAAUGCCUAACAUACACAUAACGAGAGACACGGAACGCCACAAAACGACAAAGCCGGACUACAAAUAUAUUGAAAUAUCGUUAGUAAUAAAUGUUUGGUUUAAUGCAUAGGAAUUGUGAGCGAAAGAUAAUCAAUUGAACAAUUCAGAUUUGUUUUAAGAUGAUUUAAAAUAUAUUCUGUAUUUUUGAUCCUACAUUUCUGGCAUUCUUUAAAGUUCGUUCUAAUUAAUUAAUGAAAAUGGAAUUAUCAACGUUUGAUAAGCAUUUCAAAUAAUAGAUAAGCUAUGUUUGUACUUGAAAUAAAAGACCAAAAUUAGGUUUCUGAUGAUGAAAUGCGUUAUUGUAUCACAAAGUAUGACCAAUCCAUAACAAGCCGUGGAAGAGUCCAUGUGGUUAACAGAGCCAACAUUGCCCCAUAUUAUUUGACCCUUUUUUACUCUCUAGAAUCAAGUACUCUUUAGAUACAAUUAAAACAGUAGAAUGGAACUUUGUUAUUUAUUGAGUGCUGUUAUACACACAAUCACCAUGCGUGAUAUCGUGAUUUAUUUCUUUGUUAAAAUAUGGCUUAGAAACAUGCUUAAUUUGGAGUGCAUAAUUGUAUCGAAGAGAUACAAUGGAACGUAUCGCAUUAUCAUGAAAACCCUUUUGUUGGUUCUGUAAAGUAGCUUUCUGAUACAAUUAUUAAUAUUCUCUUUGUAAAUAAUUAAAAAUCAACAAUAUGAUUAGGAAAAUUGCGUUUGGCUCCUGCAUCUCUGAAGAACAGGUCGGCCGGUUGUGUCUCGAUUCUUAUCGUAUCGAAUAUUCUCAUCACUAUAGGGAACACACUAUUCACGGCAUCAUGCUUUUGUUGCUAAGCAUGCAACGCUUAGCAAAAGAUGCAACGCUUAGCAAAAGAUUUUUAAACUGAUUCAAUGCGCAUCAAUUAAAAGACAUGUAUUACGUAUUAUAAUGAAACAAAAUAAGAGAACAAUAGUUGCUGUUGUUGUUUUUUUCAUUUUCGAAAAGUACACUUUCAGAGAUGUUCAACGACAUUUUUAUUACCUAAGGCAAUUGCCCAAAUUUAGCAGCAAUGGUUUUCUUUCGACUCAAUCUUGGGUAUUUACUGAAGUAACACUCUUUAAUUUAAAUUUUGAACUCAAUUGGUGUACUUUUGAACCUAACAUUCACUCAUUGUUUAAAUAGAUUGAUUUACAUAAUCCUAAUUAUUUGUCCGGAGUCAGCAACAUCAAAAGGAGCCCUAAUGGUGAAUAAUAUAUCAUGAUACAGAUAUACGACAAAUAAGUCGGCCAAUAUGAAAUCAUAUAAUUAAUGAGUAUAUCAUGUAUUUCCACAUUUAUAAGAUGUUUUCUUUAUUUACUUGUUUACUUUAAUUGUUAAUCAAAUCAUUACAUUUACCGCUUUAUUUCGUUUUUUCAAUCUCAACGUUAGAAAAAAAAAGUUCGUCGGCGUAGUUAUUGCUAAUUUCUUUUUAUUCAAACGUAUUCAAAAAGCACUUCAUACAGCUAUCAGGGAAAACAUUUGACAUGUAUAUACAAAAAGUAUCUUUCAUCUAAAAAAACAAUAGUUUUGCGAUUUUGUAAUGUAGAAAAGAGGGGGGGGGGGGGGCGAAGAAAAAAUAAAAAAGAAAGAAAAUGCACAUAAAAAGAUUUGACUAAAAAAGAAAGAGACAAACUGGCUUUCUAAAGCGUAUAAUAUAUCUGAUGAUUAGCCCAUUUCUGCAAAUUGACAUUUAGUUUAUCUUUCACAAUAGCUAUUUCACGUUCAAUAUUGAUUUGAAUAUGCAAGUAUUUUUCAAAAUUGCGGAAGUAAGUAAUUGUUUCUCUGUUUUUUGAACAAAAAUGUAGUAUUUUAGUAGUAAAACUAUGAAGUUAAUGCAGCUAUAAUAUCAUUCAACGUUUAUUGCUAAUAAAAUAUGUUUUUUAAUUCAAUUCAAUUCUAAUAUUUUUUGAGUGGAGAAAGCGUUUCAAGUCAUUCCACAGGUCUUGUAUGAUAUAACACUCCCAGAACAUGUGGUUUAUUGCUAAAAAAACUAAACUGUGCUCGCGUUUGCCACCCUUUUGUAUUUUUGUUGUAUGAUUUAAAUUGAACAGAUCAACAAAUCCCUAUGAUAAACUACAUUUUGCUUGUAAAAUCAAGUUUAAGCAAGCAAUCUUUGUAUAUAAUUAAGAUACUACUUAAGCUUGUUACGCGUUAUAUUUUUUUUUAAACAUUUUUACUGGGAUGUUAACUUUUGUAAACUAAAUAUGUUUGUAUUUUUCAUCGUGAUAUCUCAACAAGAUUUAACACAAACCAUUCUACCGCCAUAUUUCUGUUUUUGGAAUAUUAAAGGUCUAGUUUUAUACUUUUAAAAGUGAGCCCCUCAUCCCCCCCCCCCCAACAAAAAAAGAAAUAAAUAAAAAAACGUGUAUUUGCAAACUAUCCCCGUGUAUUGAACUUAAUCUAAUUGCCUAAUUGUCUUAUCAGAUCUCUGAUCUGAAUAUCCUGCUGGGCAGGUUUAGAGGUUUUGUUGUAGAAAUGGACACUAAAUGACACUGAGCCAAUACACGAAUAAACAGGAACUUGGCCCCUACUGUGACACCAGCAGGAGAUGCACAGCAGGGGAUUGUCACGCCAAACAUUCCUUAAACUAGGCCUUUAAGCUUAUUCAACAUUCCUUCAAAAAUGCUAUGCAUUGUCUAUCCACGAGUAGUGUUCGAAUGAGCUCAUUACAAAUUAAUUAUUGUGAGUUAAUUUAUUCCAGACUCCUAUCAUCCGCAUCAAUAUUAAGUAGAAAUAACAGAGUUGAUUCACCAGAACUAUCAACAAUUUUCAGUUGUAAAUCAACUAGGUUUUUAAUCAAAUUGAUUAAUUUCCGACAUUUGUAUGCUCGUAUUGUAUUGUAGCGAGUUUCGACAGCCAAUGAUAAUUCUUUUCAAGAAUCCCGUAUUUUGCGAGUCAGUUAGCAAAUGAAAAUGGUUGGAAUCUGAUCUGUAUUAUUCGGUCAGCCGGGGUAUAUAUUGUUGUUUAUCAUGUUGUAGUAGCUCACUGUUAUCACAUUAAAUGCUAUAUAUUCAAUAACACAUAUUAAAAUAUUUGACUGGUUCUUUCAAAACUUUAGACGUAUGUACAAAUUUAUAUCUGAAACUCCAACAACGAGAAGUAAUAUGAAAUUACAGAUGUAAGUCUCGGAAAUACUUCCUUAGGGAACAAAACAUUAAGAUAGACAUUCUGGUUAAGAAAAUAAUUAACCAGAAUUGCUUUGAUAAUAAACAGAUAAUGACCAUUAUGCCAUUUUUGAUCAAAUAAAUUCUGAUGAAUAUGGUUUGCCAUAAAGGUAACAAUAAAAGCAUAAGCCCAAAUUAUAUUAUGUAAGCUUUGAUGUUCAAAAUGCUUUCAUUAUGAUUGUAUCUCACCCUUUCAAUGUCAUUUUAUUUGUCAGCUAAACCGUCAAUGAUUGCUGUAUAUAACGGUGUAAAUUUAUACAUGUCAAACUAAGAUAUGUUUAUAGUUUUAAAAAUGUUAUUGUCGAACUUUGUAUAUAAUAUUAUUGAAGGAAUGAUCAUGGAUAUGUCAUAAUGGUUAACUGAUGUCUCCAAAAUUACAUUUUCUUGAAGUUAUGAAGACAUUUUGCGUUCCUUUGAAUGUUACGGUAUGGGGGAAUGAUACAUAUUUGUUUAAUCUAAAUUUUGUCACGUGUUUGUAGCAUGAGUGAUGGUAAUGAAUAAAGUU